AUGUCUUCAAAUUUAGCAAGAAUAUUUAAAUCUAGAUCAUUUAAUUUUCAGUUCCAAAAAAAUUUAAAUAAUAACCUUACUAUAUAUGAAAAGGUUAAAAGCAGCUGGAGAAGAGCGUCCAAAGCAUUGACACAAAUUGAAGAGACUACCAAAGGGAACAAUGUAACAAUGUUUUUCACUGGAGAUGAAAUGUUUAGUGAAAUGUGGAAUAAAAUUAGAAAUGCAAAAGAAACAGUUUUAGUUGAAACCUAUACAAUCGAACCUGAUAUAAUUGGUAAUAGAACGAUAGAGUUAUUAAAAGAAGCACAAGAAAGAGGUGUUAAAGUUAGUUUUGCAUAUGAUGCAAUUGGUAGUUCAUCAUUAUCAGAUUUUGAUAUAUACGAAAUGAAAAUUAAAGGUGCCGAAAUUUUUCAAUUUAAUCCUAUUAAACUAGUUCCAAAUUUACCAUAUACACUUAGAAAUCACAGAAAGAUUAUGGUUAUAGACAGUAAAUAUGGUUUUUGUGGUGGUAUGAAUAUAUCUGGUAAAUAUGCAUCAUCAAGUUUUGAAGGCGGUAAAGAUUAUUUUAGGGAUACACAUUGUAUGAUAGAAGGACCUGCCGUUGAAAAGUUAAGUGAAGUAUUUUACAAUUCAAUCAAAGAUAGAUCAAAGAAAACAAACCAAGUUACAUCUUAUUUUAAAUCAAUACAUGGCUAUCCAGUAGGUUCAUAUAUCAAAUCAGGUGCUGUUGGAGCAGCAUUAAACGCAUAUGACGAGCUUGAAGGAUCUCAAAAUAAAGAAAAAUCAACCAACGAGCUUGAAAAUAUUUAUCAAUCAAGAAACGCAUCAAUCUCCGAUUUGGAUAGUAAUUACAAUUAUAUAGAGUACAGUAAUUUAUAUGAUGACGAAGAUGAAAGCUCAUUUGACACCUCACUAUACAGCUUAGCUAAUAUAGAGAAGUCUCAAAUUGAAAAACAGAAAAUGGAUCAAUUGGAUUUGACAGAAGAUGAUUACGAUAUCGAUGAUGAUGAUUUUAAAGAGUUUGUCACCUUCACCAACGAUUUUCAAUCAUUACACAAUUUAAACAAUUUAAAUAAUUAUAUUUUAGACGACAGUAAUCUCGGUAAUCUUGAAAAACUAAAUAAUAUGGAUUCCAAAGCCAACACAGGAAACCCAAAUCCACCACCAAAUUCAAUUUUUCCACUUAUUAAAUCAGUAGGAAGCAAUCCGUUCAAUAGCAAACCAAAUAAAAUUAUUAUGGCAUCUGUCAAAGUCGAAAACACAGUGGUUCAAGUUCAAGAGUCGAACCAAUUUAGAAAAAAGAGAGAUAUUCAAAAGAGUUUAAUCAUAUCGCUAAAUGGUGCAAGAGAACGUUGCUAUAUAACUACCCCAUACUUUUUACCACCAAUACGAUUAAGAAGAGCCAUCAUUUCUGCAGCAUUACGUGGUGUCGACGUCAGAAUUAUUACUGCUGGUAAGAGUGAUGUACCAUGGUUUAGACAUGCCAGUAGACAUAUUUACCAAAAAUUCCUUAAACACGAUAAAAUUCGUAUUUAUGAAAUGUUAUCAUCUACCUUACAUGCCAAAACACUCUCCAUCGAUGGUGUCUAUGGUACCAUUGGUUCUUUCAAUCUAGAUACUUGGAGCAAAAAGAAUUUAGAGGCCAACAUUGCUUUUCUCUCACCCCAACUUGUAAAUAUUCUCGAGCAACAAUUUAAAAAUGAUUUAGUGGGCUGUAAAGAAAUUACACUCAAAGAUGUCAAUAAUCGUUCUUUAUUAGAUAAACUCAUUUGUUAUUUAUGUUAUCAAUUAAGUAAAAUUUUAAAACCAUAA